GUGACGGGUAGUGCAUGUUUUGCCUUUUGUAUGUUACUUGUUGAUUUUAUUAAUUAAACCUCACGACAAAUGAGUGAAAAUUGACUAUUCAAUUACUUAGUUAAUUAUGAUAUAGUGUUGUGAGUGGAUGCUGUGGAUUGGACCCAACGUUUGCCAUCUCCGGGCGUUGACUGUUCAGGUGGUAGCUGCAGCCUAGAUAUACACGAUGGAGGACGAGGUGACGUUCCUGUUCCAGAUGGGCGUGCUGCGUGACGCGGUCUCGGCCCCCGUGAACAUACUAACCCUCGCGCAUCUAAAGGAGCUGGCCGUCAAAUUCGUCCAAGAAAAGAUACCGGACAAUGGCCUCAAUCGGCUGUCCGACCGUAUCCUGCUGUUCCGCCACGAUUACUGUUCGCCCAACGUGCUGCAGAUCAUCAAUUCGGCAACAGACGUCACCGACGAGACUCUCGUCGAGAUCGUCCUCACUGCUAAUCCUCUCCUCUGCGAUGGUGCCGAGAGCGCUCCGGCGCCGCGUCCGCACGCACUGGCGGUGCACUCCUACAAGGCGCCCACCUUCUGCGACUUCUGUGGAGAGAUGCUCUUCGGCCUCGUGCGACAGGGGCUCAAGUGUGAAGGUUGCGGCCUGAACUACCACAAGCGCUGCGCGGUGAAGGUGCCGUCCAACUGCGAGUCGCCGGCCAGCGGCGCGGCGCCGGGCAGCCGCCGCCAGUCCGCCGCGCCGCGCAGCCCGUCGCGCUCGUCGGCGCACAGCCACGCCUCGCACGCCUCGCACGCCUCGCACGACGACUCGCUGGUCGGUGCAGGAACAGGUCCCAAACGGUCCGCAGGCGCCUGGGCGUCCUCUCUGGGCAUACCCCACACCUUCCAAGUGCACACCUACACCCGGCCAACGGUGUGCCGCCUCUGCAAGAAGCUGCUGCGAGGGCUGUUCAAGCAAGGCCUGCAGUGCGGUGACUGUCAUUACAAUGCGCAUCGCAAGUGCCUUCCAUUCGUGCCCAAAGACUGCGGCGGAGAGAUCAGAGAUCACCACGCAGGGGAGAACCAGGACAGCUGCAGCACCAGCAGCGAGCUCAGCGAGCCGCGCGCCGCGCACGACGACGACUCGGACGACGGCGACGCCGACCACGCCGCGCACAACCACCACGAGCGCCUCCAGGGAGAGAACCGACAAGACGAGGACGAGGAGCCUCAGAGAGAUACCAUCCCUGAACACUCCGCCAGUAGACCCAGCAGUUCGUCGUCAUCCCCGAGCGCCAACAUCCCGCUGAUGCGUAUCGUGCAGUCCGUCAAACACACCAAGAAGCGAGACGGGCAGUGGCUCAAAGAAGGCUGGCUCGUGCACUUCACGAACAAGGACAAAACGAUCAAACGCCACUACUGGCGACUGGACAGCCAGUCCAUCACGCUGUUCACUUCAGAGCAGGGCACCAAGUACUACAAAGAGAUACCUCUCAACGAGAUCCUGGCCGUCGACACUGCGAGGACUCCUCAGUCGGACGUGAUGCACUGCUUCGAGCUGCGCACGGCCAACGUGGACUACCUGGUGGGCGUGGACCCCGCGUGGCAGGGCGGCGCCGCGCCGCUGCCGCCGCCCGAGUCGGGCGUGGGCGCCUACCUGGCGCGCUCGUGGGAGACGGCGCUGCGCCACGCGCUGCUGCCGCACCCGCGCGCCGAGCCGCCCGGCGCGCCCGAGCGCGGCGCCGAGAUGGCGCAGCUCUACCGCAUCCACCCCGACGAGGUGCUCGGCUCGGGCCAGUUCGGCAUCGUGUACGGCGGCCUGCACCGCGCCACGGCGCGCCCCGUCGCCAUCAAGGUCAUCGACAAGCUGCGGUUCCCGACCAAGCAGGAGGCGCAGCUGAAGAACGAGGUGGCGAUCCUGCAGAACCUGUCGCACCCGGGCGUCGUCAACCUCGAGCGGAUGUUCGAGACGCCGGAGCGGAUCUUCGUGGUCAUGGAGAAGCUGAAGGGCGACAUGCUCGAGAUGAUCCUCUCUCACGAGAAGGGGCGUCUCACGGAGCGCAUCACGAAGUUCCUCGUCGCGCAGAUCCUGGUGGCGCUGAAGCACCUACACGAAAAGAACAUCGUGCACUGCGACUUGAAGCCAGAAAACGUACUCCUGUCGUCGGACGAGACCUUCCCGCAGGUGAAGCUCUGCGACUUCGGCUUCGCGCGCAUCAUCGGGGAGAAGUCCUUCCGCCGCUCCGUCGUCGGCACUCCCGCCUAUCUCGCGCCCGAGGUGCUCCGCAACAAGGGCUACAACCGCUCGCUGGACAUGUGGUCGGUCGGCGUCAUCGUCUACGUGUCGCUGUCCGGGACCUUCCCGUUCAACGAGGACGAGGACAUCAACGAGCAGAUCCAGAACGCCGCCUUCAUGUACCCGCCGACGCCCUGGAGGGAGAUCUCCGCCGAGGCCAUCGACCUCAUCAACAACCUGCUGCAAGUGAAGCAGCGCAAGCGGCUGUCGGUGGACAAGUGCGCGGCGCACGCGUGGCUGCAGACGGCCGAGGCGUGGGCCGACCUGCGCGCGCUGGAGCGCCGCGUGCGCGCGCGCUACCUCACGCACGCCAGCGACGACGCGCGCUACGAGCGCUGACGCCCGCCGCGCCCCGGUACUGUUGGUGACUCGCCGGUUCCAAUGCUCGGUUCGUACCCGAAUCUCUUAUCUAUGACGAUGCCGUUUGUUUCAUGCUUUUGAGCUCGUGAGGACGAAUAGGAUAGCCUUUAGACUGUUUUGACUCGCUUGAGAAGCCGCUCCCCGUCGCCGGUGACACACAAUACUAUUUUAUUGGCGAAUAUUCACUGACACCGAUAACGCAUUGACGCCAUGUUUCAUUUUUCCCGCCAUUAAAAAUGUUUCCUAUUGAAUCAUGCAGUGACGUAUGUCAUAUGACAAAAGAAACAACUAUACGUCCAAAUUUAUGUAAUCUUAUUUUAAUUUAAAAUUAUUUAAUGAAAUUAAUUUUUUAAACAAAUAUUUAAAAAUAACCGCUGAAAAAAUGUUGAAUGGUCAUUAUAUGAGCGAACUAUAGAUUCUUUUUUGGCAGCCUUAAGGAAUUUGCCGUGUCGAUUAGGAGUGGGCUGAAAUCUACCCUUAACACAUUGUUAUGUAUUGCCAGAUUCGCAUUAACUAUGUAACAACGCCCUCUAUGAACUCAGGUAAAGUAUAUAAACGACGCGUACCCUUAGAGUAUUUAUUUGAUGUAACACAGCAUUCCUACCGCGCUAGCUGCUUAAUAUGAUUAAGUAUUUCAACAAACAUGAGAUUCUAAUUUAUUUACAACUAAUUAUAGUUUAAGAUGCGUUUAUUUAUACGCUUAUAUUAUGUGUUUAUAUAAUGUAAGAUAUUAUUAUUAUUAUAUAGAAAUGAAUUUGAUAUCCACUGACACGUGUAAAAAAUUGUCGUAAGAACAAUAACUUUUGCAUUUAAUAUUAAUUUAAUUAUAUUAAGUUAGUCGUUAAUUAUAUGACGUCAGAUCCAGAGGAAAUACUUCGAUGUUAUAAGGCUACAGUCACACAUUACGCCCAGGUGAUAUUACAGUAGCACAACUACAACUUAAACGCUAUGCGGUCGUAGCUUUAUAAAGAUACCCUAACACACUGCGCCUUGUCGCUUAGUUAUAUUCAAUCAUUGAAAUUUAAUAAUAAAAUUAUAUUCUAAAAUUAUGAAAUGAGAAUUGUUAAUUAGAAAUUAUAAAGAUAUAUGAGUGAAAGAUUAUAUGAAUUAAAAUGUUUUUAAAUAUAAGUAUGUAAGUGUGUAGCGUACAUAAUGUGAUGUAAAUGGUCUAAUCGUUAAUAAAUUGUAUACCUCAAGACGAGAGAGACGGUAUUUAACGUCAAUAAAGUGGUGUUUAUAUCUAAAUAUAUAAUUAAAUGGCAUACAUUGAAUACUAUUUGCGCGCAACGGGUGGUCAGUAGAAGACCUUCGGGUACUUAAGCGUGAACGUAGUUCAAAUUAAAAAAAAAUCUGACAGAUGAAAGCAUUUUGUACCAAAAUGUUUCACCCGGUUAAGAAGCUAAACUCAAUUUUGACCUUGAACUUUUGUUUCCAUUAAGCCUAAAAAUGUCUGACAAAAAUAAGUAUAUUAUGUUACAACAUUAAAUAUUAAAACCGUUUUAAGUAAUAAUGAAAUGACUCACGCACAACAUCAGACUGACAAGAUAUAAUUAUUGCUCACCAUGGACCCGAAGCGAAGUUUUUUUUUAUUGAAAAUGGGGCCAUUGUUAUUGUUAGAAGUCUCAUCCGAUGGCUACCAAUAUGGACAUCUGCAUCUGUAGUUUCGUUGCCGGCCUAUUAGUGUCAGGUAGUGCUUUAAUCGCCAAAAAAACUAAAUCUUUUUGGAUUUUUUUUUGGAUCUCUUUAAAAGGGACCAAAACAAUCAGCGUUGAUAGUUUUAGAAAUGCAAAAAGAACUGCUUUUUUUCUGGUAAGUACGGCGUUUUAGAUUCCGUCCGUAUUGUAUAUUCACAUUGACAACGUUUACAAAGAAUUGGCUCAACUGUGAUCAGGAUAACCUGUGAUCGGCCUCAGUAGAUUUAAUAAUGCAGUCUAUUUUAAUUCUCUCGUAAUAUUACAGAAAUAUGAUAUCGUCUAUGAUGUCUUCUAACGCCAUUUAUGUCGAUGUCACGACACAGCACCUAAACGCCUUAAUGUAUCUGACUAAACUUUUUAGUGUCCAAAAAUAAUAAGCGAAUAAGAGAAGCCAUCAAAUUAAAUGCAAAAUUGCAUUUUUUUUAACUGCUUGCCAUUUUUUUUUCUCCUUUCAUCUAUUAAGAGCAAAUAUUAUAUUUUUCGACCAAUUUAAAGUUUGUUCACGCUUAUUUGAAAUAAAAUAAAAUAUUAUUUACUCAACGGGCGAUAAUUGUAAUUCAAUCGAAUACACGUCUAAUAAUGUCUAGAAUACAAACACCACGUCUCCAUUAUAACUGAGCCACAUAUAAUAACUUCCUCUCGUAUUAAGAUAAGUAAAGGGACUAACGUCUCGUACAACGGCCUAAGUAAGUUUAAUAUUAUAACGUAUUUUAAUAAGACGAAUAUAACCAUUAGAUAAUAAAAUAUAAAACGUAUCUUCCAUUUACCGAUUUUUAAUCUGUGCCAACAGCUGUUAGAUUCAUUUGAAUUUAAUAUUGUUAUAUUAUGGAGUGUGGAGGUAUAAAGUAUGUCAUAUGGGUCUUCAUACGAAAAAAUGGAUAAUGUUUACAAGAGUUCCAUAAAUUGGUGGAACGGCGCUACUGUACUUAGAAGGUAUUACCUAAUAUAUGUGUAUGCGUUUGUUAUUAUAUAUAUACGAAGUAUUAGCGCGUUCCUUCUUGCUUCAGCAGCGAGAUCUAAAGUGAAUACAUACAGGGACAAUUUUUAUACACAAAUAUCCUCUAACAUACCUCUACACUUCUGUUUAAAGGAUUGCACACAUCAGCGUGGCCACUAGUGACGCGUCACUUGUCGAAUUACACUUAACUCAAUGAAUGGCUUCCCCGAUAGAUGCGGUGCUAGCUUAAUAAAAGAUCGUGAAAUGUGCCCGCUCGCGGUGCGCUGCUGUGUCCUCUGCCUUACAUUUUUAUUUCAAUACAAUCACGUCCAAUACAUAUUACUUUAAUUUAAUAAUGAUUAUCUGUAUACAUAUAUAUGAUAGCAAGGUGUAGUAUAAUUUGUAAUUAUAAGCUUGAUUUAUAAAGUAAAUUCUUGCUGCUUGCACAUAACUUAUAAUUUUAAAGACGAAAAGUGCACGUCUUGCAAAUGUGUACAGGACCUAAUUCGGUGUCAAAUAUUAACUAUAACGGUGUCACUAGAGCAAGGAAUAAUCUUGUAAUUCGAUACGGAUAUAUAUGUUAGUGUAAUUUAAAUAUUUAUAAAAAGAACUUAUUUAAGAAUUUCUUUGAUAGUUCUUUGAACAAUGCAACUUCCAUUUUUUCUGUGAUCUCUGACUUUUUAAAUAUGUAACUUUUAAGUAUUUUUUUUUUUAUAUUUUGUUUAUCGAUCUUUUUUAAAUUACACUUUAGUUUACAUGAAUCCAGUAGAAUUAUAAAUUAUGUAAGUACAUAGACACUAAUGUAAGUUACAUACAAAUUAUAUGUAUAUUGUAUAGAUGUUUUUAUUUGGUACUAACAGUAACGUUAAAUUUUCAUUAGACGGCUGUGAAAAACAGGACAAAUCGUUUUUUCUAUAUAGUUUUUGUGACUGCGAGUAAUUGUUGGCUUUAAAACAAUAAACUCGAGCUGACGACAUUUUUAUUAAUUCUAAUAGCUUUAACUCAUUCCGACUAUAGUAUUUAUUAUCUGUGCAUCACAUUUAUUACUUUAUUUUUAAUUAUACCGAAUAUUUAAUUUAACACGUCUUCUUUUAUAAAAAAAUGUAUUUUACGAUUGAUUAACAGUUCAAUUUGAACUGAAGUGAAGUGGCAAAUACGUUAACCAGUGGCAAAAUAUUUUUAAAAGAUUUUAUAAGUAAAAACAAAUCAAUCAUCACAGAUAACAUAUAUUUUAUUUUUGUAUAUAUAUUACAUUUUUUGUAUAAAGUGUUUCAUGUUGUACGAUUGUUAAUCAAAAAGAUUAAUAAUUAAUAAAUAAUAAAGUUCAUGUGUCAACCUCGAUUUAUAUAAUAAAAAAAGUUAUGGCUCUACUAGACUUGUCGAUGAGACUAGACGAUGUCACAUAAUUAAAUCCUAAUUAGUUUAAAAAAAAUAAGGUUUUCAACUAAAAGCAAACAGUGGCGGUAAAAGCAUAAUAGCGAAAAAAUCUAGGUUUUAUUUAAAGGAGAAACAAUAUCUGAACUACAAAUCAGUGCUAAUCCAAGUACAAUAUUUUCUAAUUCGAACCCUUUAAUUCUACCCCCUGUAUAGUUAUCGAAUAUUAUCAAAACUAGAAAUGUUUAUCACGACAACCGCUGUCUGUAAUUUCACUUCAUUUGCUCUUCAAUUAAUUUUAAGUUGAGUAUAAAUUAGAGCAGUUUGUUGAGCAUUUCCAUGUAUUGUAACGUUCCUGCGAAUGCUCGACGCUGCGUUCGACGUGAUGCUGCUGGCAAGUGAGCUAUACCUGUAAACAUUUUUCCUUCUUGCGUUAUAAGCUGAAUGGUUUGCUAAAACAGGCCACUUCAAACCGUCGAGGGUGGCGUUCGAAGUUCGGUUCGCAAACGGUGAUAAAUU